AUGCUUGCUCGUUCCUCCUCCUCUGCUGCUGCUAAACCACCAUCCCGAUCCUCUGAUCAAGAGCGUUUAGCCAAGAAACAACGUUUGAGUUAUCUUGGCUACCUCUUGCAUCAUGAUGUUGAAACUGCCUCUCUCUUGGCCUAUGCUGUCUCCCCCACUCUCUCUGCUACCAAGGAUCUUGAAAUGUCAGAGCCUUCUGAUAACUGA